CAAAACGAAGGGAAGCACCGAGAGUACAACCGGUCCCCUACGGAGGAUCAGGGCACUUCCCUCAGCAGAUGAUAGAAAUCGGACAUUCCAGUGGGCGCGCCAUUAAAGAGGAAAUGAGUGCGCGAGAUAAGACGCUGGGCUGAGCGGAUCACAGCACAAGAGCACAGGGAUCGCACGAGGAGAGACGAGGAGCAGCUUUUCCUUCCAAUCGCUGUGUCCCUGUGUCAGACACGAUCCCCAGCAGGGGCGGUGCCUGUUGUACAGUAUAUGUAUGGAGAGAUGCCAUUGAGUUCUUCUCAGCAUGUCUGAGCAGCUGGAAGAGGAGACCCGUGCGCUGCUGGAGGAAUAUCUCCAACACUGUGUCAGUCCGCACGAUGAGACGGCGCUCAGCCCCGCGGCACAGACCCUGCUGAGGGCGGUCAACGAGCUCAUGGAGCCUUCUCGGUCCCUCAUUGAAAGUCGCUGCGAUCGGAUCACUGCAAAUCCUGCCAUUGUUCUACGGACUGUAGCGGCGCAGAUGCUUCUGGACGGAGGACUGAACUGUGGCCGAGCGGUGGCUCUGAUUUGCUUCGCCGGGUUCUUGACGCAGCAGAGAGGGAAGCGCAGGGCUGGGACCCCUGAGGAGCUGACCGAGGUGCUGACCCACUUCCUGGCAGUGGAGCACAGGGACUGGCUGCAGAGUAGCGGAGGCUGGGACGGUUUCUUCAAAAACUUUUCUAAAAAGAGGACUCAGCGGGCACAGGAGAACAGUACCAUUUCCAAUGCUUUAAUGGCAGCAGCUGGCUUUGGCCUUGCAGGAUUAGCCUUCAUCUUGUCUGUACGGUGAAGACUGAACUAAAGACGGAAUGAAUUUCAUUGUGGACUUUUAUCCAUGAGCAGCUGUAAAUGACAGACACAUCAAGUGGAAAGUUACUUAAGAACACUGUCAUAUUCCUUGUAAUAGUGUCCCUGUGUUCUUUUAUUAAAUAUAAAAAAAAACCCAGAAUUCAUGGUUCUAAAAAGACAAACCAAUGAACUGUUUUUCUAGAUCGACAUCAAACACAACUCAUACCAGUAAUAGGUGUAGUUACCAAAGACUCUAGAGUUCAAUGGAGAAAGAGAAGUUUCCUUGCACUGCCUGGGAAGUAGGUAGGUCUGUAGGUGGGUCAUAAAUGGCCUCCGGCAGGUCUCUAUCCGUCAAAUAGAAGGAAAAAAAUUAUCAAACUUGGUUAAUGUCAAAAAGUUAGUUGAAGGCCAGGGUUUUUGCCUCAAUGAAGGAAACAGACAGAGUUAUGUAUAACUAUUUGCAUCCUCCCAUCACUAAUAUCAUGCUCAGUUGAUUAUAUACACCAUAUUUUGGUACAGAGCAGGCUGGUUUUGAGAGGAGAAGGAACAUUUAAAAGUUAACACAAUAGGGUUUACCCCACCAAUGAAUGCCACAGUUUGGAGAUAUUAUAGUUAUGGAGUUAUUUAAUAUUUUAAAUUAAUCCUUGUGGUCCUGAUUUGUUCAUAGCCAAUAGGAGAGGGUAAGUAGGACAUUUCCUACUUAUACAAAGAAGGGUGAAAUGACGGGAAAAAAGUGAAACUCUAACAUAAACAGACUUUUAUAAUGGGACGCAAUGCAUACGUUGCAUUCAAUGCCAAAAAGCCAAUGCUUUAUUUAUUUUUUUUUAAACUUCUCUGUCUAAAUAUUAGACUCUAAUCAGGAUGAGUUUAAGCCAAAAUUUUGUCCUUUGCUUUAGUUUACUCUUAAGUACUAUUUUGUGGGAACGACAGAAAGAGAAUUUGCAUCUCAACCUGAUUUAUUUUAAUUUUGUUUCUACUGAAGUAUUCCAGUGUCUACAUCCCUUACCCUACUAUUAUGGCACCGCUGUUGCACAUUCACUACCCUAUUAUUUUCCAAUCAACAUCAAAAUGCCCGUGUGCAGACUCUGACUUAAACGUGAACAAGUUGAUGUUUUUGAGAAAUGUUUCUAUUGUUCACUUGUAUUCAUAAUUCUAUAAAUACACUAUGCAUUGACAAAAAAAGUAUUUAUACUUAGUGGCACACCAUAGAGGUCUGGCAUUUCUAUUGGUAAGCAUUUGAACUAUUUUUUUCUAAAUAAUAUAUUUACAAUGUUUAGCUUUUUUGUUUGAUUUAAAAUAUAUAGCCAAUCAUAAA